AUGGUGGCUUUUCAUGCAUGGCGACGCCACAGAGGCAUCUCGCGCUCCCCUCCCAUUUUUGGACAGUGGGAGACGACAAGAGAGUACGGCGCUGUGAGAGGCACCUCCGAACAGUGCUGGAGCGCAUUACAUGUGCCAAGGUCACUCACAAGCACACCAACCCAAAAGCACCAACCUCGCCAACCAUACUCUCCUCAUUGUCCGUCUUCUUCUCCUGCCACUGCUUUAAAGCUAUUUUAUCAACCACUAGGUUCGGACGAAUAUCUCAGAAACAUAACGAAUUCUGCUAGAUGAGUUCCCUCAUUUGAAAGAGCUCUCACUUUUUGUUUUUUUUGUACUGUAGACAACGCGAAGCUGCAGAUCGCGAAAGCGCGGAAAUUCAAAUUUACAUGCCUACUUUGAAUUUUCUUUCUUUCUUUUUUUUUGUUUUGUUUUAUAAAGUUCGAAUAUCUUAAGCUCCUAAUAUUUUAUAGUUUGAGAUUCUCAUAUAUUUGGCUCUUUCCUCGAUAAGGCUUCGAUUUUUUUUUUCGUGGUGUUUUUUUUGAUGGGCUGUAGAGUACUAUAAUAUCUUAAGCAUUAGCCGGCUACUUUUUGUGUUUCUUUAAAAGUCAAAAUUUUUUAUCCACUGUGCAAUUUUUUUUUUAAAUUCGACUUCUGACUGUUUGUAAGUAUGCCUUCAAGUAUACGAGUAUGUUUUUGACUAUUCUUCCCGACGCGCACAAAAGCUUUUCGGGGCUCCACGGUGUUUUUGUUGUUUAGUCGGCGUAUUUGCAUGUCCUUUACCAUUGAUUCUGCUUUUGCCAAUCACUCCCAUAAAUGUGACAUUAUUCUUCUUCACCUUUGCGUUUUGAAAUCGAAGUGUUUUUGUUCUCUUUGAACAAUUCCUUUUUUCAGAUAAAAGCAUGCCCUAUCGCCCCGAAGCAGAAUUGAAACGUCCAGAUCUGAAAGGUACUUAUUGAAUAUCGGAAUUAAAUAAGGCUCAUAUGAAGCUGUAGAAUGGAAAAGUUAUAGUCUCAUCUCAACCUCGAAAUCUUUUCAGGGGAGUUCCUUUGCGGACACUGCGGAAAAACCUUUUGUCAUGCGGCCUCUUUGAACCGACACAGGCUCAACUUUCACGGUGACGACCAACAGUGUCAAAUCUGUGACCAGAAGAUUUCUCGUGAGUUUUCGGCCUUUCCUCUUCUCACAUCAUAAUUCUUUUACAGAUAAUGAGACAGUUCGUCGGCACAUGUCUUCUCUGCACGGAAUAACCCGCGUCUUCACUUGCGGUUGCUGCAAUUGGACCUUCCCCGACAAAAAGGUUAUAGAAGUACCGGCUAUUGAGCUUAAAAACAUAAGCAACUAUUUUUCAAAACAGUUCUUAAAAAUCAAAAUGCAGCAAGAAGUUUGUUACUCUAAAUUGGCAAGAUCAGACGAUUAACAAGAAUUUUUUUCGAUGUAUCUAUAAGGUUAAAAAACAUGGAAAAAAAAGUUUUCUAAGCUAGUUUUAUCUGAGCAUAGCAGACCUAAUAGUUAGUAUCAAUUCACAGAUAGAUUUCCCAUUUAGCUCAAAAAUGCCGAGAAAUUUUCUGUGCCGAGAAAUUUAGAACAGCUUGAUAUUCAAAAUGUUCGAUGAAUCAAAUGAGAAGGAUGCAGGAGCUGCACGCACAUAACAACAGCAUGAUGAGGACGGGUCAGCCGGGUGACGCACGGGCGAUCGCAGUGAGUAGCCGCGCGCCAGGUAGGCCUCAUCAAACGUCGGCCUUCAGCCUCGCCGCCAUUGCAGGCUCUUUGUCGCAAGCCGAACUCAAGGGCGAAGAACGCGUCAGCACCAGCUCUCCCUCCACAUCUUUCUCGGCCAGGACCGCCAAAACCUCCGGUUCGGCCAAGCGCAAGAGUGAAAUUCCCAACCAAUUGAUGGACAUGAUCAAUCUCUUCUCAGCCACCGUCAGUCUAAACUUUUCUCAACAACCAAAAACCUUUUAAAAAUGAAAGGCUCGAAAAAGAUCAAGUUAGGAUAUUUUGCAUAGAGGAUAUAGUAUUUCUUCGAUAUCCUUUCAGUGUAACUUUGUAGUUGUGAAUCUAGGACUUCUCUUUUCCGACCUGCCAUUGACACUUUUUCAGUCGGGAGUCUGGACCGCGAGGAGAAGGCUUGGCAUAGUCUCCAGAAGACAGAUUAGCUUACUUAUGCUGUAAAGACUAGACAAAUGAGAAUGAAAAAAGUUUUCUUUUUUGGAUUUUAUUGUCCUUUCUAAUGAUCUUAGAGUUGUGAAGUUGGUGAGCGAUUGUUUGCAGAGCCAGCAGAUUUCGACGCCUUCCCCCCAAAUACCGGCAAAUUGGCUGUCUGCGCUCAUCGCUAACAACCCUUCAUUGCUGCCAAUUCUGCAGCAGGCGUCAUCUUCCAAGGAAAACGACGACGAGCCCUGCUCCGAGGUACUUUCUCACGGCUGAGCUUCUGACAAGUUUGAGUGUUUGCUUGCGGAAAUCCUGCUCCACUCCAUCACACGUACAAGAAUACAUAAGAACAGUUUUUAAAAAACUCGCACGCUUACAAUUAAAAAACUAAUUGAUAAAAAUCUUUCUCCCCUUGAAAUUUUCCAAUUCCAAAAAAAAAUCCAAUUUUUUUUUUCUAGCUUUUCAUCAUAACACGACUAUGCUUUUCUUAAUGAAUGCUGAUAUCCGGAAAGAAGUACUUACUCAAAUGGAGUUAAAACUAAGCAAUUAAAAUUUUUUUUGACGAAAUAUUUUCUCUGAUUACAAAAUAAAACUCGAAAUUUUCCGGCAUCUGUGCUCCUUAACACUCAAAUUAAGUUAUAUUUGAUUUUUUUCAAACGUCGUUAACAAAACUCCAAAACUAUUUUGGAAGUCAAGAAAGAAAUUUUUGUAUAUUGGUUUGAGCUUAAAAACGAUUUCAAGAAAAUGAUUCAUAAUCGUUUCUAGGAACCCGAUAUUUCGCAGCGCCAGAUGUCCUGCAUGAAAAAUGGGAGCAACAACAACAACGAAGAAGAGGAAAAUCCCAAGCUGAAUUUCUUGGAGCUCAACGUUCGGACAGAAAGUGAGACGGCGAGCAGCGGCCCAGAAUCCGGAAUUUGCUCUGGCGAAGAAGUAGGUAUUCAGAGAAGUCAUAGAAUCCUAGAAGUUUUUCGAAAAGACCACGAAAUGAAUGUGUAUUUGAUUUUCCUUUGCAGGCGACCGACUGCUCGCCUUCUCCGUCGCACUCUUCGAAGGAAGGAAGUCCGACAGGCGAAGACUUGCUCGUCACUCCCAAAAGCGAAAACGUGAGCGUUUGUCGAGAGAUCAACAGUCAUGGUGGACUUUCAGCGCAAACGGAAGUCUGUGGACGCGAUCGCUUCUUUGCUGUUCAAGAAGAAAGCCUUGAUGGGAUGA